AUCGCGACAUAUAUUGGAUACACAUAGAUAAGAACGUAGUUGUAGGGUUAAAUUAGAAUUGAGGCUCAAGAAAACUUCCCGGGUCCAUGGUUUCCCCCUUCCCUAUCUGCUUUUUAAUUACCUACCCUGCCUACAUGAGGUAGGUAGGUAGGUAACGUUAUGUAGGUACGUAUGUACGUAUGCUACAUUACCUGCGGAAGUGCCCCUUAGGUUGUUGGUCACUUUCAGCGGUUGUGAUCGUAAGUUGUAAACCACUCGUUACGAGUUGCCAAUAAAAAGAUCCAAAUCUUAGGUACUCCCGCCCCUCGUACGAUUUUCGAAUGUUGCUCUGCCUUCUCUCGAGGCGAGGACACCACACCUUUGUUAGUCUCGUGGGAUGCUUUUUUCUUUGGAUGCGCUUCGGAUCGUAACAUGUCCCGUAUUCUUCGCUCUGCUUUCAUCGUGCCCUCUAAGGAGAUCGCCUAAAUUCAUAGCCACGCAAUUACGAGUGCCACCGCUAUGCCAGCUCAAUCAUGUCGCGCUGCUCUAGCAUAGCCAAACGUAUCACCCGACUAUGGCCAAGAUUUUGGGCAAUGCUCAUGAUUCUCUGUUUACGCUGCUCGUUUGUUUUCCUGUUGACACUCGUGUUCCCGAAAAUACCAGUGAGUGUACUAGCCAGCGGUCAUUGUCCAAUCAUAUCACUAGCUACGCGGUGUAACCUGCUAAAUCAGGAAAAUCAGGAAUUAUCUCUUUGCCAGGUACCUAAUGUAUGUACGCUCCGAGCCACGACUUGGAGAUUGUGCACUUGGAAAAUGGUCUAGAAUACCUGUUGAAAUUUCGGACAACAAAAUAUCCAAGAAGCGGGCUAUUUUAUAGGAGCCCUAAGUUUGCCA